GCCUUGUAUUGCAGGAAAGCCUUAGACACUUGCACACAGGCCCCAAAAGGUGCCUGGAAGACUCCUCUUUAUUAACAGGAGAUAAAAAUAAAUCCACUUGAGAUGUGACCACACUAUGUACAAAAAGCAAUGUCUCACAUGGAUAACAUAUUAGAUGCGCGUCCUGGCACUGCAGGUGUCAGGGUUACGGAUUUUGGAUGGCAAGGACUGCUUAACCCAAAUCCACUAAACAGAGACGAUGAUGAAGGCCUUGUGGAUGAUUAUCUUUCGCCGGCUAAACUGAGAGCUCUUACUGGGGAGGAGAAUCUAACAGAAGUUAGGACACUCCAGAUUUGCUUGAACACCGGGGAGCACAGCCUGGGGAAUUUUGGUGAGGGAUACUUUUUAGGUUCAUAUAUGCCCAAUCUUCGGCAACUCAAACUCAACAACAGCCUUAUAUUGUCUGUGAGAGAUCUUGGUACUUCCCUAUCACAUUUGGAGGUGCUAUGGAUGGUUCGGUGUGAUAUUACAGAUCUCGAUGGCAUUGCUUCAUUAUGUGCCUUAAAGGAGCUCUACUUAGCCUUCAACAACUUGAAUGACCUGAGCCAGGUUAGCAUGCUAGAGCAUCUGGAGAUCCUAGAUUUGGAAGGAAACAACCUGGAUCAUAUUAGGGAGCUGCAGUACCUAGCCCUGUGCACAAACCUCACUACCCUCACCCUGGAGGGUAACCCCAUCUGUGUCCGGCCUAACUCAGAAGUUACAGAGGUUCAAGAUUAUAAUUAUCGAAAGGUGGUUAAGAAUAUAAUUCCCCAUUUACAAAUUCUGGAUGAUGUUCCAAUUGACCAACUUAAGCCAGUCUCCCCUAUGACCCCCAAUUAUGAUUGGCAGAUGGUGAAGGAUGGCAUUAAAGAGAAUUUUGCAAGUCCUAGUGACACGGGAUCAGGACAUGAUAUUUCCUCGAGGAAGACAAGCAUUAGACCCAACACAGCACAGUUAAAUGUUAGACCCAGCACCGCACAACCUGCCAUUCACAGAAGGCCAUACUCCGCACCAAGACCAACUAGUUCCGGCAGGCCGGUCACCAGCCACCAAAGAGCAGGAGGCAGUCCAUUUAGUGAGCCCAUCAAGGACAGUACAGUGGAGGACGAAGCUAGUGACCUAACACAUGGAGUUGGAAGAGUCAUAUGUGGAAAUCCCAUCAAAGCUCUACGGGCACGAAAGGAAAGGUUGGGGCCCACCCCUGCCAUCCCUCUCCAGCAACCGGGAUACAUAUCGGAGCACACGUAUAAUGCUGAAGCAACAUCAGACAGUAAUCGUGAUGAUGUGUUGGCCGAGCUGAGAGCCUGGCGAGAGAAGCACCAUAUCCAGUUACAGAAGAUUCAGGAGGAAGGUGCACCACAGAUACUGAAGAUCAGUUAUAGCGAUGAAGAGGAAGAAGAUUGUUCCAGCAGUGAUGACGCUGAGGAUUCUGAAGAACUGAAGGAGCCAUGGGAUUUGACAUGUCUUGUUAGGGUGACUCCAGAUAUAUCAAGCCCCUCUCCACAGUCCCCUGCAGGAGCCAUGUAUCCUGGAGAAAUAUCAGAUGCCAAGUACUCGCCAUCUCCUCCAAUUUCCCCGUGCCCACCUUCUUCAGGAAUUGGUCAUCAGAAACCCAACAGGGGUUUAGAUUUAAGAGCGAGACGAAUGCUGAGAGAAACCAACCAGAGUGGGAGCAGAUCUCCACGACAGACUGUUUUAGAUUCGAGUGUUGGAGAUGAAGUAUUUUCCCUGAUGGAGGUUGAAGGCAACAACUCUACGAUUCCUUCUGCUCUUAAGCUGAAUGAUGAUAGGAGUAGUGAUCUAGGCAUAAGACCUUUUUCUGGAUCUGCACAAACCAAUUCAAGUAGUUCAAGGUCAUCACUUGACAGAUAUUCUCAUAAACAGACUCACUUUCAUCAGCCUGUUAUUCGCUCUUCCAUAAAAACACCAUCUCCACCCCAAAUCACUCGACCAAUUGCAGCCAAGGAGAUACUACACAGGUUGCCAAAUCGACCUACCCUUCUCUUAGGAAAUAAGGGUUCUAGCAGCUAAAUAACGGACCUCCAUAGCAAGUCAUUGUGUCCUACUCAUUAUGGUGAGGUGACUGUAAAACAUAAAAGCACUUUACCACAUGACUAUCGUCUUGUAGAGGAAGAAGAGAAAUUCUUGUGUUGCUCACUACAAAACAAUCUUGGCAUAGUCCAAGACUCUUAAUGAUUGUUCUACCAUGAAAUAUUGUCCAUGAACAGUGCAUUUCAAUGCUGUUAAAAGCAAACAGUUGUCCAUUUAUUCUGGCAUCUACGGUAUAUUUGUUAUUUUUGUACAUAGUCCUUAAAGUGGAUCUGUCACUUUGCAGGAUUUGAUUUUGAACAAAUCCUUCUGGUCCCUUUAUUCCAUUUGUUGUCAUUUUUUUUUUAUUUUUUUUAAAUUACCUUAGUUUUUUAGUUAUACAUAAUAAAAAGUAGGAACUACCUUUUCUAAUGGGAAGUGUGAUCUUUGGCAAUAUGUGGUAAAAUUUUAGUUUCUAAGUUAAUUUACCCACAAUCCAUAAGUUAAAAGGAUCCCACAGAAGGGCAAAAUGCAGACAUUAUGGACAAAGGAAAACAAAAUGGAGGCACCCAAGUACUUAGAUAUGGCACAAAGAAGAUGUCCUCAUUUACAGGAUAUGGGAAACUCACAAAUAAAGGGUCAAACAUAGACGUAUUACUAGGCGUUAGAGUGGCUGGACUUUACGUUAUUUAAGAUAGACAAAAUCAGAAAUAGACACGGUCAAGAUUAUAGAAAUAGAGAUAUACGAAUAAACAAUCUGGGUUAGGAUUCCAGAAACACUCAAAGUUAAUAUGCAAGUCAAGGCCAAUAUUACUGAAUGCAUUAUACAGCUAACAAGGUAGAAAAGAAACCACAGCACUGAAUAAGGGCCCAAACAGGCAUUAUAUAGGCAUGCAUACCUACUGAUUGGUCCACAUCAACUGCAAAAAGUACGAGAAUGGGGUCGCCUAGAUGACGUGGACACUUGAAGACCGGAUGUGACGUGUCACAAAUUCAUUAUAUAUUAGGAUGCGCCAUUACAUGCAAAUGAGCUGUGCAUUCGGCCCGCAUUGACAGGGAGGAGGAGCAGUUCGCCCUUGCCGAAUGAGCAGAUCAUUCGGCCAGUACGACCUGUGGAGCAAAUUGGUUCAACAUCGUCGAACAGGUAAGUAUUGUGACAGAAGAAAAGAUAAAUAUAAAUAAAGGCAACGGUUAGGAGAGUAUAAUCAUUAAGAUGCAAGGGGCAAAAGAAAAACCAUAACCAUUUCAAUCAUUUCCGAUUAAAAAUCACAGUGAACAUUUAUAGGGUUAUUCACUAAAUUGAAUUUAAAUAUAGCCAAACUGGAAGCAUUCUCUAAGCCAACUUUGGCCCCAAAUUUUUGAAAAUCACUUCAAAUUCACUUUGAAUUCUCACUUUAGUGAUAACCAGGUUAUUUCUACGCUUCAAUGGGUUUCACAUGCCAUUUGCUUGGAUCUAUUUUGUUUUUAUAACUGGCCUAUCCAAAGCCUGUGCUAGGAAGGACAAUUACGUUUUUUUUUUUAGAAUUAUAUAUUUUAUAUUUCAAAGGAAUUUUAGAUUUUUUUUCUGUAACCAAUCAUCCAUUCUGAUUUGGUAUACAUAGUAUUCACAAGAAAACGAAUAGCCAAAACAGCUAAGGAGAAAAAUAGAUCUCAAAGACACAGAAUAGGCCUUAGGUUUUGCAACUUGAAUGUUAUAUAUUCACCCCUCGGUUUCUAGGAGUAAGCACCUAAUCAAUGGUGGCCUUAAGACUCCGAGAUAUAAUUUGAUUUAGAACAAUAUGGGAUGCGAAGGUAAACCAUAACUGAUUUAUGUGACAGAUAAACAUUAAUUCCACAAUCAAAUAGGACUAGUAUCAUAAGGAAUUGGUUUCAUUCAAUUUUAUAAAGGCACUAUUUUUCUGUGUUGUAUAUUAUUUCUAAAGGUUUUAUGUAAUUUGAUCACUGUCAUUUUAAUUUUGUUCAAAAAUAAUCAGUCAGUUUCAUCAUUUGCAAAAUUAUUUCAAUGUGAUCACGGUCAUUUUUAUUGAUGUCAAAUUUAUUACGGUUAGGAUGUGAACAAUGUUAAUUGCUCUCAAAACAUUUAAAGGGAAACUCCAGGCACCCAGACCACUUCUGCCCAUUGGAGAGUGGUCUGGGUGCCAACUCCCA